GUAAUUGUCAAUUGAGGCUAACUGCCUGAAAGAAGAGAAACCUCCAAAUAGGAGCCCAAAAAUUUGGUAGCAGAACCGUGGCUGGUAUUGGAUUUGAUUUGAUAGCGGAUCCAUGUAGUAGUCUGCCUAGAGCAACCAAAAAGCGGCAAAACGCCUACGCGUACGGUUUUAAAAUGCGCCAGUUUCUCUCCCCAAAAAUCAAACCGACCCCGGCCAUCUUCUUUCCCUUCCUCCUUCUCAAAAGCUCUACUGCAAUUCCAAAGACUCAAUCUUUACCAAUGUCUUGGACGUGUUCGGUCUGCACUUUCAUCAAUCCUUCAUCCCACCAAAAACCCACUUGCCAAAUCUGCCUUUCAUCACAGCCCUUAUCAUCGUUAGCAUUAUCACAGUCACCAUCGCCCACAAAGCCCAAAUGGGCUUGCAAAGCUUGCACCUUUCUGAACCAGUAUGAUAAUAGCAGUUGUGAAGUAUGUGGGACCAGGGCCUCUGCUUCAUUGUUAUCUAUUCUUGAGAACGAUGAUGAUGAUUUUGAUGAGCUUGGUUCUGGUGUUGGCGAUGUUUUCUUGCCUUUGAGGGCUUGCAAUAGUGGCAGUACAAGUAAUAAGAAUAAGAGGAAAAUUUGGGAGAGCUCAAUUGGGGAUGCUAAUGAUUUGGCUGAUUCUGGUAACGAUUUUAGGGGUGUCAAGGCUGCUAGUAGGGAAGUUCAAUGUGUAGCAAGUGAAACUGGCUUAGAUAGAGGCAAUAAACCAGUUAAAAUUAUGAGUUACAAUGUUUGGUUUCGAGAGGAAUUGGAGAUGCAUAAGAGGAUGGAAGCUCUGGGUGACCUUAUUCAGCUGCAUUCCCCGGAUAUAAUAUGCUUUCAGGAGGUUACCCCAAACAUUUACGAGGUUUUCCAGCAAUCCAGCUGGUGGAAGUUGUAUCGUUGCUCUGUCUCAGAUGACGAGGCAUUUACAAGGGCAUAUUUCUGCUUGCAGUUAUGCAAGCUUUCGGUGAAAUCCUACAGCUGUAGACCUUUUGCUAAUUCUGUUAUGGGAAGAGAACUUUGUAUUGCUGAAGUAAAUGUUCAGACUGAAAGGACAUUGAUUGUUGCAACUAGCCAUCUUGAGAGUCCUUGCCCUGCACCUCCCAAAUGGGAUCAGAUGUACAGCAAGGAACGCGUCAAUCAGGCAAAAGAGGCCAUAAAAUUUUUGGAGAAGAAUCCCAAUGUUAUCUUUUGUGGUGAUAUGAACUGGGAUGACAAAUUGGAUGGUCAGUUUCCGUUACCUGAUGGAUGGGUUGAUGCUUGGGUGCAGCUUCGGCCUUCAGAAAAUGGUUGGACAUAUGACACCAAGUCCAACAAGAUGUUAAGUGGCAAUCGAACUCUACAAAAACGCUUAGAUCGAUUUGUUUGCAAUUUACGAGAUUUCAAGAUAAGUGAGAUUGAGAUGAUUGGGAUGGAUGAAAUUGCUGGCUUAUCAUAUUGCAAAGAGAAGAAAGUGAAAAAUGAGGUGAAGAAAUUGAUGCUUCCUGUUUUACCUAGCGAUCACUAUGGGUUGCUCUUGACAAUCUGUCCCCAGCAGCGCAAGUAGGCAGUGCUUCCGGGCAGAAGAUGUUUUGCUGCUAUAUCUUUUUGUUUGAGAGUUCGUUACCUUGCUGUCCAGGUUUGUGUACAUAACAUAUGGAUGGCGCAAAGGGCUAAAACCCUUCAUGAGCAUUGCAACAUUUUCAGGGUAACUGUUCGAAUGCAAUGGAAUGCUCGAACAUAUAGGACCAAAUUUAUGCUUCGGACAGCUGUUAUUAUGUCUUGCUUGUUUUUGUUGUGAAAUACUCCAUCUCUAGCUGAUGCAUGUGAUACUUGUAUGUCUCCAUCUCUCGUUUUGUCUUGUAUGUUGUGGUACUUGUUUAUCAAUGCUUUGUAAUAGCACAAAAUAACGAUUUUAUCUUUGCAUUAGCACUUUCAGAAGUGCUGAAGUUUCUUUCA